CCACUUCCGUGUUCUAUAGAAAAAACACAAAGUUAUACAAAGGGCACUCAUGCAGUAACUUCACCACAAUCGCGGCUGUGGUCUUUAAAAAAAGACAUGACUUACAUGCGUCUUAAUCUUACCAUUCUUAUUUGGUGGGUCUCCACUGGGGUUUUGCCCUCAGCACUGGAUGCUCUGCGCCAGGUUUUGCCUGGAAGUACGGUAGCUCUGCCCUGCAACUUCACAAUCCCCUCUGAGAUCACAUGGAUCCGACAGCGCUCAGAGGAAAUCACUAUGCUGGGGGACACAAAAACAACUUUGGGCAACGCAACGGUGGACACAUUCAAUGAGGGAGACCGCUUCACAACCAUUAAAGACAAUCGGACAGGGCUCAUAAAUCUAUGGAUCAAGGAAGUCAGUGAAGCAGACCUGGGGAUCUAUUUCUGCAGUGUACGACACCAUGGAAGGCUGGUCUUUGGUUCAGGGGAGCACCUAACUUUUUCAGGUCCGACGUCACAGACCUCAUUUCCUGUGUGCUGGACUCUUCUGGCUGCUGUGACCCCAGCAGGUUCUCUGCUGAUCGCUCUGCUGGUCUACAAGCUCUGCCACCCUGCAGAUCGUAAGACCUCUGCUUGUGCCAACUGUCAGGAAAGGAGUGACAAGCUGAAGACUGGGGAUCUACACUAUGACAGUCUUGGCCUACCUAACAAGGCCUGCCCUCCUGCUCAGAGAAGCCCCACCUCCAAUGGUGUGAUCUAUGCCACUGUAGCAUUUCAGGGAACAGCCAGGCAAAACUAAGGCUCGUUUUCUGCAGUAACACCCACAAAGAGUGCUGGCUGCAACUUAAAGGACAUGCAUGUAUGUGUUCAUGACUAUAGCCUUUAACCGCACAAGUGAACACAAGUGAAAUGGAAUGAUGCUUUAUUUGCUAUUUGCACAAGUAUAUCAGAAUGCUUUGUUUUUGUAUGUCAUUAUCUUGCUCUUUGAAACAUACACAUACAUUUUCAGUUGAGAGUGAAGCUUGAUUCAACAACCUUUUUAUAGUAGUAAAUUUUAUGUAGCGUGUCAUUGCAAAACUCUGUAUUGUUUUGAAUGCUGAGGAGAUUGUUAUUAAAUGGUGCACUGUGAAACAAAC